UUUCAAACACUAAAAAUAUCUAAAGUUAGUGAACCAUUUUAUCGUAUGCAGGCCAAUACCAAUAAAUCUGGAAUGUAUUGUCAAUAAAUUAUUGUUUUUGAAGGAGUUGAUUCACGACAGGGAAAUACAUAAUGGGAGGAUGUUCUGAAUGGUGUAAAAGUGAAUUUAAAGGGAAAAAUUUGUUACUACAACACGGAGAUCCACAAAGUUUCAUUCAAUUUCAGUUUGGUUCCCAGAAAUUGUACCUAGUGUGGCGGAUAUUCUGGGCUCUGUAUCACGUAGCCUGGAUUAUAGUGUCAGGGGUCAAGUCAGAUCUGUGGGCCGGAGAAGACAGUAGCCAGUAUAUAAAAUGGUUCAUUUUCCUCACAGACUGGGCUUACUUUCUACUGACACUGUCUACAGUUGUGGACGCUACAACGGUCACAUAUGUGUUUGUCAGACGAACAGACAUCCGGGAAGGUACAGCGAUUGGUCUACCGUGGUAUAUAAGAGCUGAUUGGUGCAUUUUCAACAUGGGUAACGUUAUAAGUGUGUCAAUAUCAAUAGCAUAUUGGGCGCUAGUAUAUGAUGGAAGUCAGCCUAUGACAUCAGUUAACAUCGCAACGCAUAUCAUCAACACUUUGUAUGUGAUUUUGAAUAUCAGUGUGUCUGGAGUGCCGAAACGAGUCUUACAUUUCUGGUUCUCCGUUGUCUUCGGCGUGGUUUACGCUUUGUUCACUUUAUUCUAUUAUUUGGCUGGGGGAACCAACCAUAAUGAGAAUCCGUAUGUGUAUCCGGUACUUGAUUGGAGGACACCAGGGACUGCCACUUUAUAUUGUGUAAUAGUGUGUUUUGUUUUGGUGCCAAUAGUUCAUUUAAUUCUAUAUGGAAUUCAUCGCCUGAAAAUUUUGCUGUAUCAGAAAUGUGACUGUUGCAGAAGGUCAAGUAAUCGGAAAGAUUAUACCGUGGAAAUAAAACAAUAGUAUUUAUAUUAGGGACAGAAUAACAAGAUGCCCCGGGUUUUUUCUUCAAAUACUACGAGCCAUAGGGGCCCGGGAAUUGUGGAUUGUGUUAAUGUGUUGAAGCCUAAAAUAUUGAACCCUCUCGUCUUCUAUGGGAUAGUCAAAACAGUAGAAGGUUUGGUAGGUUAGGCUUCGUAAGACUUAAAUAAGUCAUUUUAUUUGCAAGCGGGUAGCUACCUUUACGCAAAUACGCAGCUGCGUAGGGAAAAUCUGGCAACCAUACACAAUUCAUUGGCUAUUGUCAUGCAACGGAGAUGGCUUGAUACACUAUCAUUGCUUACUUCAUAUUUUGUUUGAAGUACAGUAAACUCCGGUUAUAGCGAACUCAUAGGGACAAGCAAGUGUGGUUUCGUUAUAGCCAGAGUUUGUUAUAAACAUAUAGCGAACAUUUUUCUUAUAGACAUUAUUUGUAUAGGAAACUGAUUUAUAUGAUUAGUAUCUAACGUGCAUUGAAAUUCACCAAUUGUCUUUGUAGUUUUAUAACAAUUAAGGUACAGAUUUGCAAUUUAUUUCAUUAUCCUACUAUUUGAUUGCUUAUUUUGUAAUAAUCAUGACCAUGUGAAAUAUUACAAUCAUACGCCGUCUAUGCUAACGGUUAUAGGUGGAAAUUUCUAUAAACAGUGUUAGCAAUUGAUAAAAUGUUGGUUGAGAAAUCGGGAAGCCUGUAUAAAAACUUUUGAAUAUGACUGUUUGUAUAACACUGCAGACGUAAUUUGUCACGCAUAACAAUUAUGACUUUAUUGUGGGCUGAGCGCAAAACUAUUGUAACGGUAUAUAAAUAAAGAACAAGAUACAAUAGUUUCAAGCUCAGCCUUCGAUAUCAUAGAUAUAUCUUAUAAAUGUACUUAAAUGUAGUUUUAUAUCUUUAUUUUCUUGCAUACAACAUAUAAUUACUAUGCCCCAACGAUAACUUGAUAUUUACAAACAUGACUAUAAAUAGAUUAAAAUGGAACAUAGGGAAUUCAACAUUUUCCUAACAUGUUACAAUCUAAAUACAUGUACUUGCAGGUUUUGUAGCAGUUACGAAUUAGCUCAGUGGUAAAGCAUAGAGUCCAUGUUCAACAUAUCUUUUCCCGUGUGGGUUCGAAACUCAGCACCGACAUUUAUAUUUUUUUUAAAUUUUUAUUUCACUUUUGCAUAAAAAUUAAGAUUCCUUCAUCAGCUCUGUGACAAUACCACAGAGAGGUAUCUAAAGGCAGUUCAGAAUAGUUUAUUACAUAACAAAGAUGAUAUUGUAUAAAUGCAUGCACUUAGCCAUGCAAAUAAUGAACAUACUAGUGUCUUAUAUAAAGACAUAUAAAUUAUACAAAUACAAGUAUGCCUACGGGCAGAAUGUCGAGCCCACCAGCACCUUUGACCUCUAAGUGCGACCUUGACCUUGAACCAAGGGACCUGCUUCUUACGCAUGACACUCCGUCUUAUAAUGAUGAACAUUUAUGCCAAGUUACAUCAAAAUCCUACCAUGCAUGAAGGAGAAAUGCUCCGGACAAACUUCAAUUUGACCUUUGAGACAGAAAAAUGGGGUUUGCGCAUGACAUACCUUCUCAUUGUGUUAAACAUUAAUGCGAAAUAUAAACAAGAUUGGUCCAUGCAUGUCAAAGUUAUGGUCCGGACAAAAUUGGACGGACGCACGCACACGCAUACACUGAAAGUGGCGACUAUAUCGAGCUCACCGCAAGCGUGCUCGACAACAAACCAUCAAAGAAAGAAACAAAAAUACGGAAGAAAACGAAUAGGAAAAAAAAAUCUGAAAAGAAACAACCCUCGUGAGGAUUCGAACCCACAAAACGAUCUGCUUACACCCAAUUAAUGUCUGCAUUUUACCCAACUGAGCUAUGUUGCCAUAUACUUAGUGGAUAUUUGAAAUGAAAGAAAUACUAAUAAUUGCGUGUCAAGUAAUGUGCAAGCAUUAUGAAUGGUUAUUUCAUCAGUUAUCAUGAAUUAGACUCGUCCUCGCGUUUCGGCGGGAAUCACGUUAUCAUUGGGGAUUAGUACAGUGUACAAUUAACAAACUAUUGCAAGACCAUUCUAUUAUAGCUAUUAAGGCUUUGAUAGCAACAAAGAAACUUGACUUAAAUGUAUGAAAUUAUCAUUUAUUCCAUGGUCACAAUGUUGUAGAAAAUAAAAUCCAAUAGAAAUUCUAUAAUGAAACCUAGUUAAAUCAUACGCUAUUGUCACCGGUACAAGUCAUACGAUAUUACAGUAUUUGACAACCAAUUCCAUGGGCGUAGGAGCGAGUUUAACUUUG